UUCCGCUGACGUGUGUUAAAGUUCAACGGAGUAGAGCGUAUAAAAAUUAAAAGCUCAGAUCCCCCGACGAAUUGUCACUUUAGUUGCAAUAUAGUGUUGUUAUUGCUAAUUGUUGUACUACAUUUCUUAAUAAGCAGCACUGUUAAUAAGUAUGUGGAAACACGUCAAUUUCAUCCUCGUACUCAGUGUAUUAUUCUUCGAAUGUUCCACGGGACUUUAUUUCCAUAUAGGAGAAACAGAAAGGAAGUGUUUCAUCGAAGAAAUCCCGGAUGAAACAACCGUUUUAGUUAAUUACAAGGUGGAGUUGUAUGAUCUACGGAGUGGUGGCUUCAUGCCCAGCAGUCCAGGAGUCGGGAUGCACGUCGAGGUUCGAGAUCCAGAUGACAAGACGAUAUUAUCAAGGGUGUACAGUUCUGAAGGGCGCAUCUCUUUCACAUCGCACACUCCUGGAGAGCAUGUCAUUUGCCUGUAUUCCAACAGUACUACAUGGUUCAGUGGCAAUCAACUGAGAGUUCAUUUAGACAUACAAGUUGGAGAACAUGCUAUUGAUUAUGCUAAUGUCGCACAAAAGGAAAAGCUAUCUGAGCUUCAGCUGAGAAUUCGCCAACUCUUGAUUCAGGUUGAACAAAUAACAAAGGAACAGAAUUACCAAAGGUAUCGUGAAGAACGGUUCAGACAAACAUCAGAGAGCACAAAUCAACGAGUGUUGUGGUGGUCCCUAGCCCAGACCGCGAUUCUACUCGCUAUGGGAGCUUGGCAAAUGAAGCAUCUCAAGGGGUUUUUUGAAGCAAAGAAAUUAGUAUAGAGAUAUUAUGUACAGAUUAACUAACGAUUUUACGUCAUCUGCGAUGUAAAACAGAAUACUAUGCCAUCCAAUACCACAUCUCAUCUUAUUGAAAGAAUGUGCAAAUUAUAAUUAUUAUACAAUUCAUGAAUGCGCGUGUACUGUGUAGUAGGAUUCUAAGUACUUUUCUCCUCAAUUACCAGCUCGUAAUCUGUACAUCAAUUUUGUCAUCAAAAUGAUCAGACCAAUUGUAGUUCAGUGGUUUUUCAAUAAAACUGUAUUUAUUACAGCGCCUUUUUUUCAUA